AUGGCACUCUCCUCUCUCAGGCUGUGGCCCCUGCUGCUGCUGGUUUACUGGACUCUCCCUCCUGCUUUGGCCGCCGAGGACUUCGUGAAUUUCCUGGGUGGCGAUAAUAAAUGUGAAGGCCAGAUACAGUUGCAGUAUGACGGGCGGUUGGGCCUUGUGUGUGGAGACAGCUUAGGCAUGCAGGAGGCCUUGGUGAUCUGCAGACAGCUGGGUUGUGGCUCUGUGCAUUCCCUUUCCCAGUAUAUUCUGACACCCGAAGAGAUGACGCAACCUUGGCUGUACAGUGCUCAGUGCCAUGGCGAGGAGGCCACCCUCUGGGAGUGUGUCCUGGGGCCUUGGGGGCCCAUCAGCGGCUGCAAAUGCCAGUGCGUGGCUGUGAUUAUCUGCUCAGGUGGUACCACACGACAAAUUGGGCUAGCUGGUGGUGGCAGUCCUUGUGCUGGGAUUCCAGAGGCCACUGGCCUUUCCAGUUUUGCCCUGAGAUGUGACUUGCAUGAGAAGGAGGCUGGCGUUCUGUGCAGAGAGCUGGAAUGUGGCACUGCUUUGCAAUGGUCCAGAGCCCACUCUGGAAUGAACGGGCAUCAGGAAGAGAAGUACAUUAAAUGCCAGGGAACAGAGCCUGACAUUUUACAUUGCCAGAUCAACGUGAACUUCCUAGAGCAAUGUGACCUUCUGACCUAUACCCAGGUGAUAUGCACAGGUCAUGUGGAGGCCCGGCUGCUAGGUGGCGCACACCCCUGUGAAGGACGCCUGGAGGUUCUUCGAGGACUCACCUGGGGCACUGUCUGCCACGAUGACCUGGACCUGUCCACGGCCCACGUGGUUUGUCGGGAGCUGGGGUGUGGCACUGCUGUAUCCAUACACGGGAGUUCCCACUUUGGCCAUGGAUCAGGGCUGGUGUGGACAGAGGCCUUUAACUGUGUGGGCAAUGAAUCACUGCUGUUCCAUUGUCUGAGGGUGCCUGGACAUCAGUGUGGCCAUGAUCAAGAUGCUGCCCUCACCUGCUCAGGGGAAAAAUUCCGAUUGGUCAACGGCAGCAGCAGCUGUGAGGGCCGCGUGGAGCUUUGGGUAAAGGAGGCGUGGCAGCCCCUUUGUGCUGCUCAUUGGGACUUAGCAGAUGCCACGGUGCUCUGCCACCAGCUCAACUGUGGCUACGCGGUGGCCACACCCCCAGGAGGUCACUUUGGAAAUGUGGAAGCUCCCAUCUGGACAGAUGUGUUUCACUGUGUGGGGACAGAGCCCCACUUGCUGAGCUGCCCAGCAAGCACCUUAGGGGCCCAGGCAUGCACCCCAGGAAAUUCAGCCUCGGCUGUCUGCUCAGGUCCCCAAGAUGCCCUGCGGCUGAGGGAUGGGCAGAGCCACUGUGAUGGCCGAGUGGAGGUCUUCCUGGAUGGCGUGUGGGGGCGAGUGUUGGACAAUGCCUGGGACCUGCACGACGCUGCUGUGGUGUGCAGGCAGCUCCGGUGCGGAGAGGCCCAGCGAGCCUACGACGCUCCAGCGCCGGGCCACAAGACCAUCCCUGUGGGCCUGAGCAAGGUGCACUGCUUGGGCUCCGAGACCAACCUGACCCAAUGCAACGUGUCAGUGUCUGUGCUGGUGCAAGCAGGGACAUUGCGGGACGCAGGCGUGGUGUGCUCGGGGAGCUUGCACGUGCGUUUGGCAGCGGGUAAGAGCCGCUGUGCUGGUCGCGUCGAAGUGUUCUAUCAGGGCACAUGGGGCACCGUAUGUGAUGAUGCCUGGGACCUGCAGGACGCCCAUGUGGUCUGUAGGCAGCUGGGCUGUGGCCAUGCCCUCAGUGCCCCUGGGGGUGCCCAUUUCGGAGCAGGAACUGGACGCAUCUGGAUGGAUGAAUUGGGCUGCCUGGGUGAGGAGGCUGCUCUAUGGGCGUGCCAGUCAGGAGGCUGGGGACAACACGACUGUGGGCACAAGGAGGACGCGGGCGUGAUCUGUUCAGAAUUCACUGAUGUGAGGUUGCAGGAACACAGCCAGCCGUGCGCAGGACGCCUGGAAGUUUUCUACAAUGGGACCUGGGGUGGUGUCUGCCAGUCCUUGAGUGCGGCCUCCUUGAGAGUUCUGUGUGGACAGCUGGGCUGUGGGUCCCAAGGGCAGCUGCUGGCCAGGCCAAGGAGCUCCUCCACGCUGGAUACUGUCUGGUUGAAGUCUAUUCAGUGCAGGGACAAGCAUGACAGGUCCCUGUGGCAAUGCCCCUCGGCACCCUGGAACAGACAUUCUUGCCUCAGUGGAGAGGAAGCUUGGCUGGUGUGUGCAGAAAAGUCAGAAGUGUCUCAGGACAUGGAGAAGAUUCCCAACUGCUCGUCAACCCUUAGCUGCCCAGAGGAAGGUGCACUUCAUGUGUCCGGGGGUGAGGACGGCUGCUCUGGACGAGUGGAGCUCUGGCACGGAGGUUCAUGGGGCACAGUCUGCGAUGACUCCUGGGACUUGGCAGAUGCAGAAGUUGUGUGCCGGCAGCUAGGCUGUGGCCCAGCCAUAGCUGCCUUGCAGAAUGCUGCCUUUGGCGCUGGUUCAGGGCCCAUAUGGCUGGAUGAAGUGGGAUGCCGGGGCAGCGAGACAUCUCUGGGAGCCUGCCAGGCCGAACCAUGGGGAUAUGGAGACUGUUCUCACAAGGAGGACGCUGGUGUGCGCUGCCUAGGUAUCCCUGGGACCACGGCAUCAGGCAGUGCUCUCGCUCCCCCACCUGUUCCUGAGGUUUGGACCCUGCCUGAGAUCGCCUGCCUGGUCCUUGGCUGCCUGCUGGGCAUAGUCUUUCUGCUCCUGGUUGUUCAGUGGUGUCACAGCAGAGCCAUCAGCGUGGGCUCCAGAGCAACGGGGCAGCUGCCCUCAGAGGCUGUCUAUGAAUACAUUGAAACAGUUUCUAUGGAUGAGAGAGUGGAGGAGCCAGAAGCAUCCCAGAAUCCCACACAGGACGAGGAUUAUGAUGAUGCAGAAGAGCCCAAGGACAGCCCUGAGGAGGCCAGGCACUGUUGAGCCUGACUGGUGUGUACCUCUGUUCCUUGAGGUCUGGUGCAUCUUUUCUGCUGUUCUGCUCUCAUAAAAAGCUUCUGGUGUGGUCAAUGCUAGAAUUUAAAGGAUCUGAGAUCUACUCCUCUGAGUCAUGGACCCUCACUUCUGUCUUGGUUUAGAUUGCUGUCAUUACAAGGAUGGUCUUCAGAGCCUUCUGCUGAGUAGAUGUGUAAUCAGACUGGACGUGGCUCUUCUGAAGGUCCUUUCUGAGUUGUGCACAAUGUCCUUUCAGCACCUGCUUCCUGAUGUCUGUUGGAGAGAUCCUGAUGGGCUGGGGAGUGUAGAUUUGAUGUUCAAAUCAAUUUCACUGUCACACAAUUCAUUAUCUCCAGUCAUAGUCCACCCAGGUGUGGCUGUGUUCUACAGCAGAGAAUUGGGACCCAAAGAUGGUUGGUACUUAGGAUUCUUGAUGACACAAAUGGGUGUCUCUCUCUUUAAAUAGAGAUGGGGCCUUUUUCUGCCUGAAUGUCGAUGUUGAUGCUGAAGCUGAAAUGGAAGACUGGUGACCCCUGUCUCAGCACCAAAUGACCUUGCCCUGGUGUUGAGGUCAUAUAUCUGUCCAGCAUAUAAUCUAAAGAGACUAUAGUCUUUCCUGUCCCCACUUACCAAACUGAUGCCAUUAAACUUCUUUAAACUUAUAAUUAUUUGUCAAUCCUCCCUAGAACUGUUAUCACAUUCAGCCAUAAAACUUGUUCUUUCCUGAGCCUCAGUCACCGUCUGACCUUGGGCUUCACUCAUGUGAUCAGACUUUAUGUGCUUCCCACCUCUCCUUUUAUUACAGUUUGUGUGAGAGACAACUGUCCUCCUGAUAGCAUAGAUAGCAAUCUUCCUGUCACUGCAGGCAUGACAUGCUUGACGU